AUGAUAUAUGGGAUCUGUAUGAAGAAUUUAAUAAAACGAUCAUUGAUGAUACACGUAUACAAACUAAUAAUUUUUGCGAAAAUAUUCCAAAAAAUCCAACUGAUAUCCAUGAAAAUCAAAAAGUGUUCUGUAAAAAACUUAUAAGAAAUUUGGUUUUAUGUAAUGAUAACGAGAAUGCUAAAGAUUCUAUAGAUCGCUGUACUUAUUUAAAGAAUUGGUUAUAUUUUGAAAAUAAGAAAUGGCAACUUUCUGAUACCAUAAUACAAAAUAUUUUCAGUGGACCUAUUUAUUUAAAUGAUGGAAAUCCCAUUAAACCUUGUAGUUAUAUUAGCAAUGUUAAACCCUAUGAUAAAGAUAAGGAACUAAACGAUUUAGAUGUUUUUAUUACUAAUAAUGAAAUAUUAAAAAGAAUUUAUAAAGAGAAAAUUGAAUCAGAUGAUUGUAAAUUCAAAAGUUUUAUAUCGAAAUGUAUUAAAAAAUAUAAAUCAGAAAUUGUAGAAUUUUACCAUAAUGGACAACAAAACAAUCUUUGUGAUCAGGAUAUACCUUCAUAUUUAAAGCUUUUUAAAAGAAAUUAUUCAGAUUUAUCUAAAAUACGUACAAAAAAUGGGAAUAUACCAGAAAUAAAUUCUGACAAUAUUGAAAAUUUCUUCAAAUGUUCUUCCAUUGAUAAAGAACAGUUAGUCAGUUCUACGACUAAUACUGAGUGUUCUACGACUAAUACUACACCCACAGUAAUUGGAAUUCUGGCAGGUAUAUUUUCUCUUUUGGGGUUAGCAUAUAAGGUUGGUAUGCAUUUAAUUU